GUACUAGACCUGGCAGUGGAAAAUAUGCUUGUCUAGUAUAUUGGUAUCUCUGUUUUCAAACUCAUUUAAAUAGUACAACUUUAAUAGUGAAAUAUAGAAAACUGGAUAGACAUGCAAGAUGUUAG